GUAUGCUAGUAGUCAGCUGAGGCUUGUCAGACGAACUUGUCUCGUGACAAAAUUAGACCUAAUUGUUGAAGAGUAUAACAAUUAAAAUGGCUUUGCAUUCAUCAGUUAAGGGAAAAUUGAUAUCCGUUAUUGGGGAUGAAGAUACCUGUGUUGGAUUCUUAUUGGGUGGAGUAGGUGAAAUCAACAAAAAUCGUCACUCCAAUUUUAUGGUGGUCGAUAAAAACACUGCCAUAAGUGAAAUUGAGGAGUGCUUCAAGAGGUUCUUGAAGAGAGAUGAUAUUGAUAUCAUUUUGAUCAACCAAAAUGUAGCUGAGCUUAUUCGUCAUGUGAUUGAUGGACACACUCAACCUGUCCCAGCUGUACUGGAAAUUCCAUCCAAAGACCAUCCCUAUGAUGCAAGCAAGGAUUCAAUUUUGCGCAGAGCUAGAGGCAUGUUCAACCCUGAGGAUAUGGCCCGUUAAAGUGUAUGAUACCAAUAUUGUUAAUACUUGUAUAGAAAAGUAGAUUUUAUUGUGUAAGAAUAAGUGAAAAAAAAAACAGUAAUUAACAUUCCGUGUGUGUAUAAUUUGAAAUGAAUAAAACAGGUAAAU